CCUGGUCAGGGAACUAGAUCCCACAUGCCACAAUUAGGACUUGGCAGAGUCAAAUCGAUUAAAACCAACCAACAAACAGUGGCAUAGGGAUAUGGUGGGUUGAAAAGUGAGAGAGAGAAAGAGUGGGGAAACAUUCAACUGGUUGACAAGCUAGGGCACACACUGGGUUUCUUCUCAUCCUGAACAAGCUUUAAGACUUUUUCCUCUUCAACAGGCAGACGCACAUCAUUCUUGGCAGCAGAGGCACAAACCAGCGUUGACUGGAGGAGUGACUGGAUUGAUACAACCAUCAGUUCUAUUCAGAUUAUGGAAAUCCAGCAAAUAAUAGAUCGGCGGUAUUGCAGUAGAAGCCUCCAGUGCGGGUCUGGAAAUUACAAUUACCAUAUUCCUGUUAAUAAGUACACACCCACCAAUGUCAAAUUCUCUCUGGAAAUCAACACAACAGAGCCACUGAUAGUCUUCCAGUGCAAGUUCACCCUUGGAAAUGUGUGUUUCCGCAGUAAAAUUGAGGCCAAAGGGAUGCAAAGUCAACAGGAAGUCUCCCAGGAGAUGACACAGGGAUAUCAGCACAUUUGGAGCCUCCCUGUAGCACCACUCUUCGACAGUGGGUACCAUUUCCGGGUAGCUGCACCGAUAAUAAAAUCCCUAUCAUAUGGAAGAAGUUAAUGACAUGCUGACCAUCAAUCAGCAUGUAGACCCCAAACUGGUUGGAACCAGAAGCUUGAUGGUUGAGAUUCUUGAAACAUCACCCUAUUACCUCAUUAUCAAACAUGAGAUCCCUGAAACAUCGCUCUGUUGCCUCAUCAUCAGCCAACCAAAGAACUGUGCACAAGAUAAUCAGGCACCUGCAACCCUACCCCUCGCACUGUCUUUAAAACACUUCCCUAAAAGCCACUGCUGAGUUUAGAUC